AUGGAUCCUCUCACCAUCAUUGGGGCCGUCGCGGCAUGCUCAGAUAUCAUCAAGAUCAUAGUCAGAAUUACUUCGAAUCUUUCCCAGGUCCGGUCCCGCUGGUCCGAGGGUGGUCGGCCGGUGCAACUUUUGGCACAAAAACUGUCAACCAUCCGCGCGGCCCUUACUGAAAUUGAGACAUGGGCAGAGUUCAGUCUCAGAUCAAAUCCAAGAGGGGAAUCGCUUAGCCAAUGGUUCAAGAUAGCCAUAGACGGCUGCCAGGCCGUUAUGCAGGCCCUUGAUCAAGACAUCCUCGCGCUCGUUGGGGAUUCGUCCCAGAUUUCUGCACUUCAGCUUCUCCUUACAGCUGCUUACUGCCAGAACCUAUCCGAACAGAACGACCUGCUGAGGAAACACAAGUCUACGCAGCUGCUACAACGGGUUCAAGAGGAUAUAACCACAAUCAGAGAGCAGUCAACAGUUAGAGAGACUGCGUCUGAGCAGCCCAAUCCCCACUCGCAGGACGAUGCCCAGAAUAUCGAAAUUCCGAGCCAUGAAGGAAUUUCCGACCAAAUUCCUUCAAUAAGUAACCUUCCAGUGCUUAACUAUCCCGCUGAAGAAUGGCAAAGGCCGUUGCCUUUUCAAAGACCGGAGUAUGCUGAUUCCUCCAUCCCCUCUGAGAAAACGUCACAGACUUUGUCUAUCUUCUCGAAAAGACCCAGAUCCGCUUCCACUGGAACCUCGGAUGGCUCAGGCGGGCAGCACACAUCUUGGCUUGUCCGACGGCUGAGCCGGACUGCUAGGCCAAAGUCGACAGGGCGCAUCUCUCGAGAGCAGCUAUUAUCACCCAUAUCUCGGAAGAGGAUCAAAGCCCCUGGCGAUUUGGCACCGACCGAGAUAUAUCUUCAAUCACACAACAACACACCACCGCCAAGGACAAUAGUCGCCGCCCAGAGAGGUGAUGUCGCCGAAAUGACUUCGCUCAUCCGGCGACGAGCAAAUGUUGAGCAAAUACACCCUAAGACGGGAAGGACCCCGCUGGCUGUAGCGGCGCAUUGCGGUCACGAGGGCAUGGUUGAGUUGCUUUUGGCCGAAGGUUGCAAUCUCGGAACAAAGGACAGGAGUCAACUCGAACCAUUGCAUCUCGCCGCCGCGAAUGGCCACUGCCAGGUAAUCGAUAUCCUACUUGACAGAGAAGCAGAUGUCAAUGUUCGUGGUCCUGAGGAUAAGACUCCGCUUCGAGUUGCUUGCGACCACGGCCAGAUGAAUGCGAUUAAAACACUGGUGCGGCGCCAGGCACUGGUGGACGCGAGAGAUAGAAAAAAACGCACCUCGCUACACAUGGUGUCUGAUAGCGGAGAUAAUGAUGUAGUCAGACUGCUCCUGCAGUCCGGUGCCAACAAAGACGCCAAGGACUCCCAGAUGAGAUCGCCACUACAUUGCGCUUGCGCUGCAGGCCGCCUCGAUGUUGUCAGGACACUCCUCGAGGCAAAGGCCAACAUUGAGGCCCAAGACGAUGCCAAGAUGACUCCUUUAGGCAUUGCAUCCAAAUUGGGACUUAGGUCUGUCGCCGAGAUACUCAUUCAGAAUAAAGCCUUGACCAAUAUAAAGAGCCAAGGCGACAUGACACCACUCCACUGGGCGAGUUUCCAGGGCCAUGACGAAGUCGUAGAACUCCUUCUUAAGCAGAAAAGGGCUGAGACCGAGGCACGGAACGAGAAUAACAGAACAGCACUACACUUGGCUGCAAUGACGAGGAGUUUUGGCGUGAUUGAGAAGCUGCUCAGAGCCGGUGCCAACAUGGAGGCGGAGUGUAGUCAGAAGUACCGGCCGCUUCACUAUGCCUGCAAAGACGUCGAAUAUAGCGAGGCCUCAUUGCUGUUAAACUUUGGGGCUGAUUUCAACGCAAAAACCAGUACAGGGGAAACACCUCUACACCUCGCUACCAAGGCAGGGUCAAAAGCCACCGUAUGCAAACUUAUUGAGAGGGGAGCGUCGGUAGAUUGCCAGGACGGCCAAGGAACGCGCCCGCUACUUACUGCAUGUUCCCAAGGCAGCAUGAUGAUUGUUCAGAAGCUUCUUGACAGCGGCGCGAGGCUCAAUGCCCCGCUUGGCCCCGGACUUCGAAGCGACUCCCCAGUGUGUAGGGCCGCAAGUGGAGGCUUCGUGCCCAUAAUCCAAGAGCUCAUAAACCGCGGUGCCAGCGCGAGGGAAAUAGACUCGGGAGGAUGGCAGCCAUUGAGACAUGCUGCGUUUAUGGGACACGUCUCUGCGGUUGGUUGUCUCCUGGGCAAUGGGGCCAGGGCAAAUGAUCUCGGCCCCUUGGAGAUCCUGUCGUUUGCAUCAACGGCAACUUUGGACCAGAUGACUCGUAUUUUAGAAAUUCUGGAAACCGGCCUACGCAGCGAGCAAGCGGAGCACCAACGUGUCGCAUAUCUCGAGGCGUCGGCCACCCCUGCCAACCCCGGGGACCCGUUGGAGUUGCAUAGUAAUCCCAGUUCGACGCCCGAGUUGGUUCGAAAUGGAUCUUAUAUGGGGUACCGAAGGCUGUUCGAUGAAGAAUCAGAAGGCGUAGCACACGGGAUCGUAUCGCUGGCUAACAAUCUACAAACUCAGCAUCGAUACCGGGAGACUCGUCCACCAGAUGGCGUGUUGCAGUCAGACUCUGAAUAUAGUCGCUCCUACCGACCCGAAGAUAUCCCAAGGUCUCUAAGCGAGCUGCCUUGA